AUGCUGCUGCCGUCUGUCCAGGAGAACGUGCCGGAGAUGCUGCUGCAGCCGGCUCGUCUGGCCUUCUGCGCCAAUCUUGAUCUGGGCCGGCCGCGGGAUCGCUUCGACUGCGGCAGCACUUUGGUGCUCUCGCGGAACCUCAAAUUCUACGAGUUCCGGCGCAAGGAACUGGUGCACCACAUCGAUUUGCGGGCCACGCAGCUCCAGCAGCUGGCCAAGCAGCUGGAGGCCUACGACGGCCCCGCGAGCCCCUUCCUGCCCAGCAGCGAGUGCAGCGAGGAGCGGCUGGACGCGGAUAUGCUGCAGGAUCCGGAGGAGCUGCCCCUCAAGUUCGGCAAGUUUGUGUGGCAGGGCGUGGAGAUCUACCUGCUGAUUCGCUGCUGGCGGCAGCUGAUCGUCCUGCGGCGGCCAAAGGAGCACGGGGCCAACUUUGAGCUGGUGGCGCAGCACAAGGAUGUGGAGUCCGUGCAGAUGGUUCGGGGCAGCAUUCCCUACCAGGCCGUCGUGGAGCUGCAGUUCGGCAAUGGCAAGCGUCAGCGCUGCGACUUUCAGGAGGAGGAGGAGCAGCAGGAUCCCCAGCCCAGCACCUCCAAGGAGGCGGGCGAACUCCUGUCCGCCCAGGAGUUCGACGGCCUGGUGCAGCAGGUGCACGGCCUGCGCGCCGAGCUGGCCAGCCAGCGCGCCCAGACGCAGAAGGACUUUUCGCUCGCCCAGGAACUCCAGCUCUUCGGCACCGCCGGCGAGCGUUCGCUGCUGUUGGAGGAGAAACAGCCGCUGCGGCGGCUGGGCGACGUUUGGACGCGGAUCUGCGGCGAUUAUCUCGUCUGCGGCACCCUGCUAAUCAACGUGGCCGGCGGCCAGCGGCUGUCGAUUGUCCAGGAGCUGUAUCCGCUGGUCAGCCUGCAGCCGCACAGCAACUUCAGCCUGCUGCAGCGCUUGUACGAGCUGCCCCUGCUGGCCGAUGGCCAGCCGCCCGAGGAUUACGACCAGCUGGCCCAGUUCUGGGCCUGCCAGGAGCAGCACAGCAGGCGGCUCAAGUGGCGACCGUUGGCCAAGUCGCGUCAAUUGGCUCCCGAAUCCUCGGCCGUCAUGGUGGUGGCCCUGCGUCUGGUCGAUCUGCUGCAGGCGGAGCAACUCCACCUGAUGGCCAUCUACGAGAUCGCUGGCGGAUCGGCGGAGAAGGAGCCGUCGCAGCGGCAACUGCACCUGAUUACCUUCGAUGUGAGGAAGCUGCUGGAUGCCGGGGAAUCGCUGGCGCCCAGCUUUUCGCCCGCCACUUUGCACCAGGACUUUCUGGCCGUGAUUAUGACGCACAAUGCGCACUGUUCGCUGAAGCUGGUGUUUGAAUCGCCUGAAGAUUGCAAGGCAUUCGAGCAGCUGUUGGUGGCCAAGCUGCAGUUCGAGAUGAUCGAAGCCCAGGAGCAGGAGCCACCAAAAGAGCAGGAUUCCGACCUGCUCGAUGACUCCUGCCCGAACGCGGCCUUUCAAUCCUCCAAAUCUGCCACCGCCGCCAAUUCCGUCCAGCACAUCUUCUACAACCGCCAGCCGCUGUCGCAAUGGUGCGGCGCCCUGCUGCUCCGCGACGAUCCCGGCCAGCGUUGGCAUAUCUACGCCCGGACGGACGACCGGCUGAGCCUGCUGCUGCAUCGCCUGCGGCGCGAUCUCCUCCAGCUGCACUGCAACCUCACCUACCUGGGGGUCAACGAGCCCGGCCUCUCGCCCGCCGACGCGGCCGUCGAGCUGGGGGCCAGCCUGCAGGAGGAGCUGGAGGCCUGGAAGGAGCUGCUCAAGCCGGCCGAGAGCCAGGAGCAGCGCCUGAAGCAAUGGACCCAUCUCCACGAGAUGCAGUUCGUCAGCGAUGUGCUGGCCUCUGUGAUAAUGAGCGCCGAGAUGGAGAAGAAGGAAUGAAUUGCGUACAAUUUUUGUACAAAUGGAAAACCAAUGAUAUGUUUUCAAAUUUUAUAUAAUUUUUCCUAUGUAAUGCUUGUUGUUUUUUCAUAUAAAAAAUUUAUUAUAUUACAUUGUUAACAUUUAUGAGAAAUAAAAAGAACUUUGGACUAGGAUGAAAAAAUCCAAAGGAUUCGAAACUAAA